GCACGCUUAGAGCGCCUCCGCGGAUAAAAGUGCGUGAACCGCGGGUCGGCUGCUGUAACACUGCCUCCUGUGACCAAAGAGACUGGAUCGGACCUGAUACCGGGGAUCGGAACCAGUGACGGCUGAGUCAGCCGCACAGUUUGAAAGCCCCUGCAUUUCAGGUCAAGAGAUCCGUUGGCACAAUUCAAGGCGAGUGGAGCAGGGGUGGAGAUAGCUGAUGCCACAGGAAAACCUUGUUACGUCAUAGUCAAUCAUGGGGGAUUCAAUCUUCAACUGCUGUUAUGUCCCCCCUCAACCCCCAGGCAAGGAGGAGCACCGCAGGUCCAGGCGCACAGAGAUCAUGGCCUCCCAUUCUGCUUCCAUCUCUCCGAACAAACGCUUCCUAAUCUUCUUCGACUUCGACGAAACCAUCGUGGAUGAAACCAGCGACGACAUGGUGGUGGAGGCCGCCCCGGGUCAGCACCUGCCCGGCUGGCUGAAGGACACAUAUCGGCCCGGCCGCUACAACGAAUACAUGCAACGCGUACUGGCCUACCUGGCGGAGCAGGGCGUCACCGAGAGCGACUUACGCUGCAUCAUGGAGAAGAUACCGGCCUCCCCGGGCAUGCUCACCCUUUUCCAGUUUCUGCGCACCCGGCCGGCGCAUGACUUCGAAGUGGUGCUGGUGUCCGACGCCAACACUUUCUUCAUCGAGGCUUGGCUCCGACGCGCCGGGGUGCGCCAGCUCUUCCACCGGAUCUUCACCAACCCGGCCACUUUCAACAAGAACGGCCGACUGGUACUGCGGCCCUUCCACUCCCACGAGUGCCAGCGGUGCCCGGACAACAUGUGCAAGCAGGUGGUCGUCAGGGACUACGUGGCGCGCAGGACGCAGGAGCGCGGCCGCCCUUACCAGAGGAUCUUCUAUGUGGGCGACGGAGCAAACGAUUUCUGUCCAGCACUCUCGCUCGGGCCCCGAGACGUGGCCUUCCCACGGAGGGACUUCCCCAUGCACCGGCUUAUCACGGAGACCCACGAAGCCAUGCCCGGGGAGUUCAAGGCGGUCACAGUGCCUUGGGUCAGCGGGGAGGAUGUGAUUAUGCGACUGAGGAAACUAGUGGCGGAAUAGAAGAUUAGAUCAGAGAGCAAUAAAUUAUUAAAUACAUUAAACGCCAUUAAACUAUUGUUCAAAGCAAUAAAAAAAAAACCGUAGUGAGUAAAGUUGAAGGUUAAAGUUAAUUUGGCACAGUGUCCAACAGGUAAAUGCAGAUGUCUCAAAAGCCUACAGCAAGAACAGCCUAAACUCCUCAGCUAAAUCCCAAAGUGAGCAUGUAUGAAAUCAAAAUUGAAAAUAAAAAUCAGCGCAUCCCGUCCUCAUAAGUAAAGAAAAACCCCACAGAGCUUGGAAGUAUUUGCAUAUAAAUGCGGCCAUGUUACAUUUGGUAAUUAUACGGGGUAAUUCAGCAUAAGUUUUGUUUAUAUUUGCAACGAUUAAAGGUUUUAAAAAAUGAUUCAUUGGAUUCUUCUUAAGAUUAUAAUUGUGCUUUCUUAGAAACAGCGCAUUAUGAUUAUUAAUUGUUUUAUUAAUUAUAGCUUCAAACUGACAAUACCGCCAUCUGAUGGUGAUGGGCAUUACAACUGACCAAACUUGUUUUAAUCCACUUUUUUGUUUGUUUUUUAAUCGCCAAAUCUGUUAUUAGUUUGUCUAAUUUAGAGGUACAUGUAUAGUAAAUGAAAUGUUAUUUUUAUCUCUUUAUGUUCUGUCUUUACUGUGUAGGCCCAGCCUACGGACAAAAUGCCACCAGCAGGAAUAAAGCCAUAACCUGAAA